AGCAAGGUUUGUGUUUCUGACCUCACUUUCGGGGCUGACGUGCAUUGCGAGAUUCCCCUGAAUUUUGCUCCGCUGUUGGAGGAAAAGGGAGGAAAGGCUUUUAACAUCUCCAUUAAUACCCUUUAAUAACAACAGUAACUGGGUGAUGUCUUAAUCCCAGUGACUCUCUGUCAGAGGGUGCCUGCCAACCUGUAUCUGUUUCAACGUGAUUGACAGGCUAACAGCAGGAUGCUGCCUCUGUCGCAGAACCGAGAGGCACAGGCCUCGGCCAGCAGUGGGGGUGUUCCUAGAUAUUACUGUGUGGAGAAGACAGGAUUUCAGAACCGUCGUGCUCCUUCCCCGCCCCCCCAGCAGUCCUGGUGCAUCGCCUAGUAGGUAGAGGUUGCAAUGUGCUUUUGCAUCCCUGAAGGCUACUUGGCAAGCUGGCCCAUGGCAUGAGAGGCAGCCGCGCACACUUCCAGCCCCCGGGCUGGGGCUGUAGCGGUGCCUUAGGGGCAUGUGCUAGCCCUAGUGUGAAACCAGUAUCACCCGUGAAGUCUAAUAACUGCUAUAUGGCUUUGAGUGAAAAGCUUCCUUGGCAAACACGCCCCAUGGUGCUGAGAGAAGUAACAGAGAUGCAAUAAUACUUUUCUGUGGUCUUUACAGAUAUCAUUGAGGAUGAAGGGGCAGACUGAAAAAAUAACAACAAUAAUAAUGGUUUUUGACUUGAUGUGUUAUGGCAUCACGUCAAGUUAUGUCAGGGAGAGUACCGUUGUAUCAGUUGUAAAGGGGAGGAAGAAGCAUCAUUACAGCAGGAAUGAAAUGUUGUCCCGGAUUAAAAGACUGAGAUGAGUGAACUGGUGCUGUUGAUCUUGGUAGCGAAGCGUCCGAUCCCGCAGUCCUUACGAGCGCCAUCGGAGACAACAGAUGACUUCUCUGAAUAAGGAUUAGACUUGCUCUCUUCUCCCCUGAGCGGAGGCUGCUGGAGAAGAAGCAUCUGUCCCCGGACUUGUCUUGAUUGCGGAGAUGAUGGUGCUGGACAAGGAGGACGGUGUGCCGAUGCUAUCUGUACAACCAAAAGGGAAGCAGAAGGGCUGUGCUGGCUGCAACCGGAAGAUCAAGGACCGGUACCUGCUGAAGGCGCUGGAUAAGUAUUGGCAUGAAGACUGUCUAAAGUGUGCCUGCUGUGACUGUCGUCUUGGAGAGGUUGGAUCAACUCUUUACACAAAAGCAAAUCUCAUUCUUUGCCGCAGAGAUUACCUGAGGCUCUUUGGUACCACCGGGAAUUGUGCUGCCUGCAGUAAACUGAUCCCUGCCUUUGAGAUGGUGAUGAGGGCCAGAGAUAAUGUUUACCAUUUGGACUGCUUUGCCUGUCAGCUCUGCAACCAGCGAUUCUGCGUGGGAGACAAAUUUUUUCUGAAGAACAACAUGAUCUUAUGUCAGAUGGACUAUGAGGAAGGGCAGCUGAAUGGAAGCUUCGAGUCCCAGGUUCAAUAACAAACCCUGCUUCGCUGAAGCACUGUGGGAUGGGCGCCUGGCCGCGCAAGCAGCGAGGGCGCCUGUCAGCUUGCCUGCAAUAUUUUUUUAAUUCUUGGUCCAGAGAGGACUAUAUACAUUGUAGUACUUUUCCCCCCCAACACAAAGCAGUUACAAUUUUAGAUGUACAGUUGUGCCUGCUUAGCUGAGCACUGCAUUGCCUGUAUGUUUGUGAGUUUUUGGGGUCUGGGGGAGGGCUCUGUACAGUCUGUUUUCUGUAUAUAAACUGGAACAUUUAUUUUAUGAAAAAUGUAAUGCAAUUUUAUUACUGGUGUGAAUUAAAAAUUAUGAAUGUUUCCUGGUCA